AUGGCGACCGCGACGGCAGCCACGCCAGCCGCAGCAGCGCGCUGGACGCAGCCCGGCGGCGCGGACGAAGCGGCGGCGGCGCCGCCCCCGCCCGGCACCUUGAUGCUUUACAACAGCCUCGCCGACGCCAAGGUCCCGUUCGUCCCCGCGGGCGGCCCGGGCAGCAAGCAGGUGUCCUGGUACGGCUGCGGCCCCACGGUGUACGACAGCGCCCACCUGGGGCACGCGCGCAACUACGUCACAUUUGACAUCCUGCGGCGCGUCCUCGAGGACUACUUUGGCUACAACGUCCUGUCCGUCAUGAACGUGACCGACGUGGAUGACAAGAUCAUCCUCAGGGCGCGGCGCAACUACCUGCUGCAGCGGUUCAGGCAGGCGGCGGCCGACGCGGGCGAGGUCCUGGCAUCUGCGCGCGCGGCGGUGGCGGCCGCUGCCGAGAAGCAGGCUGCGAAGGCCAAGUCGGUGGCGUCGGAGGCGGCGGCGGCCGCGGACAGCCGCGCGCGCUCUGAGCUUGAGGGGGCUGUGAAGAAUGAGGAGCACAAGCUGCGGAAGGUGGUGGAGGUGCAGCAGCGGCUGGAGGAGCUGGCGGCAGGUGGGGGGCUGAGUGUGAGGGCGUGUGAUGGGGGUAUGGGUGUGUGUGUGGUGUGA